AUGCCUACCCGCAUCACCAUGUACACGCCCUCCAAUCCCCACGGCACCACCACCAUCCUCACCACCACCACCACCUCCUCCUCCUCCUCCUCCUCCUCCUCCUCCUCUCCCCUCGGCCUCACCGCCGCCGAGGCCGCUCAACUCACCCCCUUCCAGGCCCGCGUCUUCCGCCUCCUCGCGCAGGUCCCCGCCGGCCGCGUCACCACCUACGGCGCGCUCGCCGCCGCGCUGCGCACCUCCCCGCGCGCCGUCGGCAACGCCCUCCGCAACAACCCCUUCGCCCCGCGCGUCCCCUGCCACCGCUGCGUCGCCGCCACCGGCUACGUCAACGGCUACGACGGCGAGGUCGUCCAGCGCGCGAGCUUCCGGGGGGAGGCCGGCGGCGCGGGCGUGGAGGGCAGGGCGUCCCAGAGCAGGGCCGGUAGGGGCAAGACGGCGACGGGAGGGGUGAAGGCGACGCCGCCGUCGGGGAUGAAUGUGCAGAAGAAGCUGGACCUGCUCAGGACGGAGGGGGUGGAGUUUGAUGAUAAGGGCAUGCUGCGCAACAGGUACAGGGUUCUGUUUGAAGGGCCGUGGGAUAUCGUCUCUUCCUGA